UGCGCACACAGGCUCCACUUUUACGCAUCGGUUGUUCGUGUAGGUGUCAGUGCAGAAGUUACCUCGUUUUCUUCGUAAGUAGGACCAUGUUGCACUUGGAUGUUAUAUAGAAAAUACCAUCUGUGUCUUAAUAACAUUGUUUAGUUUUUAAUCACCAUCCAACGUGAAGCAUACACCAACGUUGUGUGUGUGCGUGUCUGUGUGUGGAGCAAGUGGACCUAGAAAAGUUUCCGUCAUGGGGGCGCAAGGAUGGAGCUCAGCGCGUCUCGGGUUCGUCGUUUGUGGAUAUUUGGCGUUUUUCUGCGGGGAAAUAGUUCCACGGGCUGAAGCGGGCUGCAGGGAGAGGGAGAGCCCAAACUGCUGCACCGGCCGGAAUAACGAAUGUUUUGAGUACACCAAGAGGAAAACGGUGUGCUACUGUGAUACCUACUGUAAGAAAACCGGAGACUGCUGCGAAGACUAUCAACGUGUGUGCCAAAUAUCUGCAGCCAUUGACUGUGUGGUGGGAUCAUGGGGUCCCUGGUCAUCGUGCACAUCUCCAUGUGGAGUUGGCAGCACAGAAAGGAGUCGCCAAGUAUCUGUUCCCCCUAGAAACGGAGGCAUGCCCUGUCCGGACCUCAAACAGCGUCGAGGAUGCUUUGGAAACAACGCCAUAUGCAGCACUGCGAAAGAAGUGGCAAAGAUCCUGCCUGAUUCCUUCAAGAGGAACUUCAAGGACCCUUGGAGACGACCACACAUGCUGAUGAAGGAGGAGAAGGCCAGUUACUGCGUGUACCUGCGGGUGAAACAGGCCAGUGCGGCGUGUAAACUCAAACUGUGGAGUAAUCAGCUGGUGAGAGAGAGGCUGGUCUGUGCAGAGUGUCAGAGUGAUGCCAUGUCAAAGUCAGACCGCUGUGGAGGUGACGGCCUAGAGAGCACCAGAACAUUCUGGGCAGCAGCGUCAGUCCCAGGCUGCCAUGGCUCCUGGGUACGGGAGUCGUCUUCUGAGGGCUGCCGCUGUCCUCCCUACUCCGUGCUCUUUGUGUGAGCUGACAUCAUUCAAACCCAAGAAAUCCGUGUGCAGGGAAAAGGUUUCCCUCAACACCUCCUGCAAAACUGUGGAGAGCCCUGCCAGCCAAGCCAGACCCCUUCGAUCCAGAUUCCUGGAUGGGUAACUCAAGGAGAUCAGCAGCAUCCUGCCACUUUUUCCUUUCACCUCAUACUCUGUACUGUAUACACUAUUGCUAAGCACACAGAAAUUCUUGCAUUUAACUUCAGAUUUUACAGCCACGUUAUGUACUUUUUCUCCUCCAAAGCACAGCAACAUCUAUUUACCUUUUUACCUCUGAAUCUUUGCUAUCUACCUCCAUCAAUGCAAGUGCAUUUAUUAAUGCAUAAUGUAUAAAUAUAUAAAUAUAUUAUUUUGCUUUAUACAUUUUCUACUUUUGAUUGUUUAUGUGUAAUGUAUACGUGUCGAUAUAGCUACACUUAUUUGUAUCCAACAGUUUUACCACCAAACAGCAGCUGCUGCACCCAGUUUAAACCGCAACCCAAAGGGUCCUAUAUCACCUGCAGGCUAGAGAUGCUGAAAACUGGUUCCUCCAAAUUGUAUCCAAUGCUAGUCAAUAUAUCUGUAUUUUGCAGUUUUGUCUCCAAUAUUAUUUCUUGUCAACAAAAACAUUUACAUCAGCAAGUCAAGGUGAAUAUCAGGUAUUGAUUCUCAGGUGCUUAGAUUUGUGUCUUUGUCUCCCAUCAAGCUUCCUCUUACAUGUUUGCCUCUUCUUAUGGUGAGUCACUGAUGUUUUUAGUAGUUUAAAGUGACUCAUAGCGGAAAUCAUUCACAUCUGUUUAGACCUAAUAUUGUUGGAGAGGAAAAAGAGCCAUUUAAGAGAAUUUCGCUGUGGUUCUCUGUGUUCUCUGUGUCCUCUGUGACUGAAAGGAACUGUUUUCUCUGACUCCCUGCCUCGCUCAGAAAUCCAAUUAAAUUCACAGGGGAGUUUAUUUCAUCAAAGUAUCAGCCAAUAUAACUAUCCCAUGCCAUGUUACUCCCAUUUUAUUAAUUAACAGAAUCUUCUCCCAUCAACCCCCUCAGAUCCUUGACAUGCACUUCUUCUCUCUUCUCUGCUCUUGUUGUCUCUUGGUGUUUUCUGUCAAAGAAACUGUAGAUGCACAGCGUUACCUUCUUGACUUAAAAAGCAGGAGUCAGUCAACCAGCUCUGUACGCCUUCGUUUUUAAGAUGAGGACACGUGUGGUGCCAGUAAAAAAAAGAAAAAAGAAAAAAGGGCUUUUCUUUCUUGAAAGCUGUGACUUUCUCUUUCUCUCCCAUGUCUGUGUAUGUGUUUGUGUGUUUAUUUAUUAUAAAUCAAGUGAUGAUUUUAUUAGUGCAGCACAGCAUACUCUGUACACUGUCCAUUAGUGAAAAUAAACAACUAUACUGUCA